UAUCUUGGAUUCUCCAUCAUCUGCAGUUUCCCUUAUCUCUGAUACAAUUCCUCUCCUGCACUGUCCCCUCUUGCUGACCUCUCGCCCUGCUCUGAGGGUGGGCAUUUCCGGUGAUGUACUUCCGGUGUCAUGGCCGCUCAGAGAAAACGGCUCCAAAAUGAGCAGCCGAGUUGGACAGACGAUCUGACCGUCUGUCAACUGUCAGGCAUUGGUUAUGGCACAAACCGUGUCUACCAGGUGGACGGCAGCAGCUCUGAAGGCCACACGUUGGAGGAUGGUUGGCUGCGAUUUCGUGAGGAUGAGUGCUACCUGUACGGGGUCUUCAAUGGAUACGAUGGCAGUCGAGUCUCUAAGUUUGUGACGCAGAGGUUGACAGCAGAGCUGUUACUGGGACAGCUGACUCUCAGUCACAACGAUGCUGACAUCCGCAAGGUGCUAUUGCAGGCCUUUGACGUGGUGGAACGCAGUUUCUUUGAAUCAAUUGAUGACUCUCUGGCAGAAAAGGCCAACUUGCUGUCUCAACUUCCUGAGGGCGUUCCUCACUCCCAGCUUCCACAGCAGUAUCAGAAACUCCUGGAGAAACUGAAUAAAGUUGAACAGGAAAUUGCAGGAGGAACAACUGCCAUUGUGGCCCUCAUUCUCAACAACAAACUCUACAUUGCCAAUAUAGGCACCAGCCGAGCAUUACUGUGUAAAUCUACUGCAGAUGGACAACUUCAGGUGACUCAAGUUAGCGUUGAUCACACAACAGAUAAUGAGGAUGAACUGUUCCGACUCUCGCAGCUCGGUUUGGACACAGCAAAAAUAAAACAGUUUGGGCUGAUUGGAGGUCACGACAGCAGUCGCAGGAUUGGAGAUUACAGAAUGAAAUACUGUUACAAUGAUGUGGAUAUGCUGAGUGCUGCCAAGACGAAGCCAGUCAUUGCAGAGCCCGAGAUACAUGGAGGACAGUCCCUGGAUGGAUUGACAGGCUUUCUGGUCUUGAUGACUGAUGGAUUGUAUAAGGCUCUGGAGGCAGCUCAUGGUCCAGGACAAGCCAAUCAGGAGAUUGCUGCAAUGGUGGCGACAGAGUUUGCCCUGCAGAGUUCAUUGGACGCUGUGGCCCAGGCUGUGGUUGACCGUGUACGACGGAUACAUCGUGACACUUUUGUCAGUAGAGGUGAAAGGUCAAAGUUCUGUGACAAACACGAGGACAUGACCCUCCUGAUACGAAACUUCAACUACCCUCUUGGGGAGAUGAGCCAAUCAUCCAUGAGCCCCGCACAAGGGGGUCGAAUCUAUCCAGUCUCUGUUCCUUACACUAGCACACAGGGAACUCUGGGAAAAACCAGUGUCACACUCUCCCUAGUGAUGCCAUCACAGAGUCAGAUGAUGAAUGGCAACCAUAGCAACUCGACGGGAGAUGAGACGACACCCACACUCACCAACAGUCAAAGUCCAACUGCAACGCUGCAGUCAACCAACACACACACACACAGCAGCAGCUCCAGCUCGGGUGAUGGGCACAGCCACCUGUUUCAUCGUCACCGACUUCCUCAGACUCUGCAACCUGACCAGGAUGGUCGUGUCGAGCCGUAUGUUGACUUCCUGGAGUUCUACCGCCUCUGGACCAUGGACCACUGUGAGCAGACGGUGGCUGGAGGCCAGUAAGAGAGUGCUCAGCACCUGCCUCUGGUCACGGCUAGAGCUGCUGGGAGAGUCUGGGUUGUGCUUCCAGAAAAGCCCACACCCUGAGCUCCCAGUGAUGAGUUGGAGCUUAACGGCAGCUAAAAUUUCCUUGUGAUCUUGUUUCUCAAGGACAUUGUUACGAACCUCUGAGGAAUUCAGAGUUGGAGAAUGAGUAAGUCAAUCCCUUGAUUGCUGACUGACCCCUAAUAAUUGAGAGCUUGCGAGUUCAGUGCCAGUGCUGUACUCAUGGAGAAGAAUCCAUAAUUAUCAAGAUCUUGGAAUGAGAGACUUGGGAGUGAUACUUUCCCACAGACUCUGGGGCUACAGGUGGUACUGUAUGUCAGGGAGCCCUGCCAUCUUGGCAUCUGAGAUUCUUCAGAAGGAUUCUAUGCAUCUUACAUAGCAGCCUUAACCCCUGGCCCAUCUGAGAAGCACCCAGCUUAAUGCGCUGGCCCUCCUGUUCAUUCCAAGUGUCAGCAAGGUAAGCUGCUCUCAGCCCUGAGCCACACUGACUGGCUCCACACUGAGUUUGCCAGGGUCACUGGUUAGGACACUAACAUUGGACUCCGUGCCAUGUGGGCAGAGAGAAAGUGUCAUAUCAAGAUCGGACCAGCUUCAGCCAUGAUUCCCUCCUCAGUCCAAUAGUGUUUCCACCAUCGCCAGAUGGAUGUGAGCUGAAAGAGAUGUUCCCUUUUGUAGACAAGGGAGUAGAGCAGGGUGGGGGGUGUUGAGGGGCGGUGGUGGAAUGGGGAGGAGGGCGCAGGGAGGAUGGAGGUGUGUGACGGCCCUGAAGGGACACUAUUAUGAAAACAUCUAUUCUACCAGAUUGGCCAGAUUUGUGUUGAGGUUUUUCUUGGGAGAGAAUAUACUACCCCAGUCUGUUCUGAAUGACAAAAUUGGCAAGUUGAAAGUCUUCAGUUUUCCUAUAGUGUGUGCAGCUUGGUUGGAUCUGUCUGAAACUCUCUUUCCUGUUAGUUCUGGCUGUUAUUUUGGAAUACCUUCUGCUAUUGUCCAUUGACUUGAAAGGUUUUUCUGUCUCUGACCUUUGCUGAAGUUUUUUUUGCAUUUUCUGAAGUUUCUCCACAUCUGCCCUUUCUUUCUUCUGAGCCAAUGUGGCUUGUGUUUUCUGUUAAUCAAUUCCAUUGACUGAUCCUUUUCCAAUUACUUUUAUUUGAUUUUCUUCUGAGCAUGUAUUUAUGUUGUGUUUUCUGCAUUUAAAGAUGUUCUUUUCCUGUUUAAAAAAAACCUUGUGCGAUUUAUUAGCUUCUGUUUCCUCAUUUUGUUGACUUUUCUUCAUUUAUCAAACUUCCUGUUCUUAGGGUUUCGUCCCUCCUGCUGACCCCUUCAUCAAUUAAACUUCAACGAUCUGUAAAUUAUUUAUAAAUUGUAUCUGUACAUACUCUGCACAGGCGGUCUGUUUGCUAAAUAAACCAGAACGCAAUCUGCGGGAGGACGA